GACUAAAGGAAGGAGAGUACAGAAAGAGAGCAGGUGAAGUCCACUUUAGGGAUUUAAAAUUGAAAGGGUCAAAUAAAAUAAAAUAAAAUAAAGAGUUUAAUAGCAAACUGCACACUUGAUAGCCAAUCAAAAUCUCUCUGCAACUUCCUUAUCGUUUUAAAUACUUUUGUUUCUACUUUCUUUCUAUAUAACCAGAAACUGCAAGAAAAACAAACAACUAGCAAAACUAAACUAAACUCUUUCUCUUUCUCUCUCCUUGUAGCUCCAUUUCCAUGGCGAAUCCCAUUUCACCUCCUCCUCAAUCACCAUCAUCUUCUUCUUGUUCUUCGAAACGGAGGAAGCUAUCGCACAAUAAUCAACCACAGGCGCUAAUUCCAGGACUUCCAGACCACUUAGCUCAAGUCUGUCUAUCUCUAGUUCACCCUUCGUUUCUCUACUCAGUUUGCCGGUCAUGGCGUCGUCUUAUCUACUCCUCUUCUUUCCCUCCUUUCCUCUCCCUUUACGCUCUUCUCUCUACUACAAAUCCAUCUCCUCCUAAUGAGAUCCGAACCCGAACCCAACAACAACAACCCGAAGUCCACUUCAGCUGUUUCGACCCGAUCUCUUCCGCUUGGCAGGCUCUUCCAUCUCCCCCCACGGAACCACCGCACCGCCUCCUCCUCCACCACCCUUGUUUCAUAUCCCGCAAUCUUCCCAUACAGACCGUUUCCGUCUGCGGCGAACUCGUUCUCCUGGCGGCCACCUCCGACGACUUCGUCCCGGCUCUUCCUCGUCCUCUCAUAUUCAACCCGCUCUCCAAGUCCUGGAAAUUCGGUCCCAACUUCUCAGCCCCAAGGCGAUGGUGCGCCGCCGGAGCUCUGCGAGGUUCGGUGUACGUGGCGAGCGGGAUCGGAACCCAUUACUCCAUUGACGUCGCUCGGUCGGCGGAGAGGCUCGAUUUGAAGAACAAUUGGGAAUGGGAAAGAUUGAGCGGAUUGAGGGACGGGAGGUUCAGCAGAGAAGCCAUAGAGGCGGUGGGCUGGAGAGGGAAGCUUUGCAUGGUCAAUGUGAAAGGGAGCGCCGCCAAAAACGGCGUCGUUUACAAUAUGGAGGCGGACGUUUGGGAGGACAUGCCGGACGGAAUGAUCGCCGGGUGGAGAGGUCCGGUGGCCGCCAUGGAUGAGGAGGAGAUGUUCGUGGUGGAUGAGAGAGACGGUGCUUUGAGGAAGUACGAUACCGUAAGGGAUUGUUGGAUCCGUAUAAUGGAGUCGGAUAGACUCAUAGGCGCCGUGCAGAUGGUCGCCGGCGGUGGCAGAGUUUGCGCGGUUUCUGCUGGCGGCGGAGAGAUUGUGGUUGUCGAUGUAGCGGUUUCGCCGGCCAGCCUUUGGGUUGUGGAUAUUCCGUCCGGGCUUCAAGCUCUGGCGGUUCAUAUACUGCCUAGAAUGACCCGUCCAUAAAGAACCAUACGGAGGUUGAAAAUUUGUUUAUAAAAAAAGAAAAUUAAUUUAAUUUAUUUUUCAAUUUACCGAAAGUACAUGGUUGAUUUUGUUUAAACAUAAUGAGAUAUUAGAUUAUGUUUCACUUU